AUGGUCAGUGGUUCAAGGAGCUGUACCCGUCGACGGAGAAGCUCGAGGACCUUUAUCCUCUGGAUGGCGCGAAAUGUCUUGCAAGAGAAGGACAAGGGUCUAGGUGAUGGUGGCCCGUCAGACCCGCGCGAGAGGAUCUCACCUCGGCUGCACAUGCUGCGGUACGAGUACAAGACUGCGAAGCGGAAGGCUGCCGACAGCGCCAAAUGGGCCAGCGAAGCUUCGGCGCAGCUGUCGGAGGAGGCCAGGCAGCGGAUCGCCGCGAACCGCCAGCGCGCGUUGGAGAUCAAGCAGAAGAAGGCCGCCGAGGCAGCGGCCGCGGCGCCGGCGCCCGCCGCCGAUGGUGCCGCGCGGGCCGCCGCGCCGCCCGAGGGCGGGCUGGACAUGGAGACGCUGUGGGCAAUCGAGGAUCCACCAGAGAGGCGGCAGGAGGCCCAGGCCCGGAAGCGCACGCGCGAGGAGGCGGCCUUCUGCCGAGACGACGAGGAGGACGACGUCUUUGGAUUUGGUGGAGGAUUCGACGCAGACGAGCCAGUCAACAUUCGAGAAGUGCCGAAGGCGGCCCAGCCGCCGCGGGCGGUGCCAGACGAGGAGGAGGACGUGUUUGGCUUCGGCGGCGGCAUGGGCGAGGACCGACACCCCGCCCCGCCAGUCGCCCCCGCCAGCGGCGCCGCCGCCGGCCCACGCCGAGGCCGCCAGGGCCUUGGCACCCGGCGGCGGGCUGCCGCCCGAGGUGCAGAGGAGCAUCGAGGAUCGAGCGGCGCCAGAGGGCCCGCGAGCUCAAGCAGCAGCGGCAGCAGGCCGCGGCGGCCCCCCAGGCUCCGCCGGCGGCGCAGCCGCAGCCGCCGCAGGGGGAUGCCUGGCAUUUCGAGGAAGAGGAAGGUCCCGGCAGGAUGA